AUGGCCAUCAAGUUUAUCGCUCCUUUCUCUGUGCUUCUUUUCUUUCCUUCUUCUUGCCAAGCCAAGCCAGAGAACUUCAGUGAGGCUCAGUGCAAGGUCUUACCAGUUGGACAAGAGACUGCGCCCCAAUUCUGCGUUCAGGCUUCCGAGAGGGGUGUUAGAAUAGUCUACUUGGAUUUGAAGUUCCGUAACGACAGCUACCGUCCAUCAGAGUCAGAAAACGAGUUUCUCCCAAAUAGAUGGGUCUGGGCGAAUUUGAUCAGCGAGCCAAUGUUGUCUUUGUCCUAUGACUAUGACAUUUUAUCCGUAGGCCUCCUUAAAUACCAAACAAGAAGUAUGGAUGUGCUGUUGGAAGAUCACCCAAGCGGAUGCCUUGCGAACUUCAACUCAUCCUAUCAAAACAAGGUAGUUGGAAGAGCGCUUUUGAAUAUGACACAGUUAAACUCAGGUGAACUUCCAGAUAGGAAUGUUGUUUGUGUUGCGAUGAUUGAAGAUUACUUUAAUGACUUUUUAUGGAGCUUCUUUGAUGGAAAUGUCAGAUUCCAGUGCUGUAGGAUGAGCAAAGAAGAAACCACGGAGUCUGCUUCAAUUCAAUGUGAGCUGGAUGUUCAUGUUAGUGGUUGGUUUAAAGCUUUUAAUGGCACCCUCAACCUUUUGACUCUGCUGAUGAUGCUUUAUUGUCCAGCGUUUCUCCUUUUCCUGCCGGACUCAAUUUUUAAUCUUCAAGAGGAGUGUAAAAAAGAAGAGCGACACGAAAACGAUAACUAUCAUCGACAGAGCAGUCCACAAAGAAGCAGGUACGGAUCAACCGAUGAAGCUUCAGUAAAUGUCAAUGCAGAAAAUAGCGAUUCAGUUCCUCUUGUAACUUUAACAAUUCCGACUCAGAGUCAGGAAGGUUAUUCCCAAAGUUUACUUUAUUUAGACGAACCAAAUCCGAUUACCUUCUCCUAUUUUCUCAGAAAUUAUACCAAAGAGCGUACAGAAUUAUUUUCAUUUCAUUCCAAAUUUGCAUUUCUCUGGUACUGUGUUAUUCCAAUUUUUGUGUACCUAAUAUUAGGAUUAAACUACAUUGUAGAAGGUAAAUUUAUGAGGGAGGUACAUAAAAGGCCAAAAGCAUAUCUCUUAGGACCUUUGUUUUCAUAUCUUUUCGAUUUUCAAGGUUUUCUUGGCUGGAUAACGGCUCUCGCUCCUCUGAUUUUGAUUUUAUUUUCAAGUCCUAAGGAUUUCCUAAUUACUGUUAGAGGGGAUAUUAGACAAGUCGUAUGCCCUGUUUGCAAAGAAAAUACGGUUUCAGUAGGAGAGGACAUGCUCCGACACUUAGGAACAUUAGCAGUAAAAAGUUACGAGGUAGCUUCGUAUUUGAUUAACCUUCACCAAAAAGCACUAGCAGGAUCUACAAAGUUCUUUACACUUUGCGCUAUCGAGAAAAUGGGUCAGCCAUGGAAACGAGCUAAAACUCCUCCUAUUGCUUUGUGGGUGUUAUUCUGGGAUGUUGUUUUAGUCAUAGUUGUGGGUGUCAUUUUUGGAGGAGUAUGCCUCUGUCUAUUGUUAUUAGGGUCAAUUUCGCUUAUUAUUUUGUGUUCACCAUGGUUUAGUCUGAUCCUUGUCUGCUUUAGGAAACUUAGGCAAGUGUCAAAAGAAUGGAUCAUCAUAGUUGGUUUUCAUCUACUCCUAACGGCAAUAUUAACAGGCGGCUGUUUGAUAGGGGGCCUUUCUUGUCGAUGUAUCACUCGCAUGUUUGGCUUAGUUACUUUAGGUCUAGUGUUAAAUGCGUCAGUCGUAGGCCCAUUCCUAGCGCUCUCUAUCGUUGCUUUAACAAACAUUUAUCUAUGCUACUAUAAUCUGCAAAUGCGCUACCGAGAUGUGAAAGAAAUGAUUUCGGAGAAGUGGCAGACUCUUGAUGAAAAACGUGAGCACGGCGCAGUUCCAGAAGAUCUAUUUUGGCGCAUUUGCGGUGGCACGUCAAAUUCAAAGAAUGCAGUUCCACCAGUUAGGGGUGAAGUAAACCGCAUGCUUGGCAAAAUGGCCAUCAUUUUGAUAUUUCUAUUUUUGGUUUUCUGCUCUGUAUUUCUGGUAACUGAUGCGAGCAGCAUUUCAGCAGUGUCAUCAACGAUUGCUGUGUUUUUAAGCGGAGCUAUUCCUAGCUUAUUUUUCAAGGGAUUGACAAACGAAAACCGAUUUACGGGAGAAACAAAGGCGAGAAUGAUUAGAGAAAUCGAGGAGGCGGUUACAGAGUACCAAGAAAAUACCACAGUAGAGUUGUAUAAUCUGUUGCAAAAUGAUGCUGAAUUUACUAUAUGAACUGGCUUAGGACUAAUAUAAUGAAGGGUCAUGAUAUCCCGAAAGUACCACGAUCUUAACUGGGUCACUUUCUCAGCCUUUGCUUGGUUUCGUGAGGAAGGGCGCAUCAGCUUUCCCAGCUACUACUACUUUUCAUAUUCAUUCCUUAGUGCUUCUAAGUACUCUAAAAGGGCACUAUCAUUUGUUAAGAUAUAAGCUAGAAGCAAGAUUAGAUAGCUCAUUGUUUUUUGGCUAAUCUUAGUCCUCACCCUAGGUGUACUGUGUUCUAUCACUUAUUAAUCGUUGCUUAAUUGAGUAUUAUGUAUUUCAAGUCCUCAGUGCUGAAAUAAAUAUUUCGUAAAUUAUAUUCAUGAUCUUGUAUUUUCUUUGGUAUUGCGUAAAACAAUUUCAAAAAUUAUUAUUCUUUCCCUCUACCCUUUCCUAGACAGGGAGCCCGACCUAUGACCUGCCACUAGCUUUCGGAGCUAAAUCGGAGGUUCAGCAGACACAGCGGCAAGUGAGUGCGCAUGCUCGGCGAAUUUGGCGCGUUCGAGGAGCUUUUAGUGAUUCCAGCGUGAAUGAAUUUCGUUGGGGAACGAGCAGAACAUCGUUUCACACUUUCUGGGCAGUUACUGAUCUAAAUCAAGUGGCAAAUUUAAUAAAUUUUACUCUUAUGGAAAGGACUAAAGAGGAAGUAGCGUUAAUCUUUAGCUGUUUUAAACUUAUCCAGACAUCUUAAGUGGUAGCUGUCGGUACGAAUUUUGUAACACUGUUAAGAAUGUCCUACCUCAGUCCCUAAAUUCACAUCCGUUACUGCAAGAUUUUUUUGUGUUGAAUUAGAGAGAGACGAGGUUUGACAGAAACUUUCCUAAAAACUGAAACCUCAUCAGUUUUGGUUUGCACUUAUCUCCCAAAAAUGAAAACAAACAAGCAAUGGGAAUUUUAUAAAUGCAGCCAUUGUGUUACGAUAGAAAUAGUCGUCACUCAUUUUGUCGCUGUGGAGGGCCUGCUCAUGCCCAAUCUCUUUCAACUUCGUUUUCUUUUCUCCUAAUGCGUGGUUAUGUUCCCGCUCUAGAGAGAUUAUCAGAAAUAAUUUUAAAACAGUAAGUAGCUGGUAUAUUAAUGAAAUGAUGAAACAAAAUUGAUCUGUGCUAUCGCAAAAUAUCACAAUGUGUCAUUGUUCGCAUAUCAAUUAUUUGCUUCAGCCUUUGGCUUCCCAAAUGAUUGUCCCAUCUGACCAAAUAUCUCGAUGAUUUGCCUAUUUUCCUCUGACAAGUGAUAAAGUACAGCAGUCCCCUUGUUCAAAGAUCCCUACAAACGUUGAUACUCCUUCAUGUGCUGUUUUUAUGGCGUAAUUUAUAUUUAUGUUUAAAUUGCAGCGAGCCAACGAGAGUCUCAGUAACCUCGAGGUUUAAGGCCAAGCCAUGAUUUUUCAAAAUUUAUCCUAACGAUCUCUUCUGUUGCUUGUAGUGCAGGCGUCUUAUUAGGGCGAGUUAACUUUAGAAAGCUUGCGAUCGUUUAUUCAACCGGCCUUGUUUGAUUUGGAGUUAGAGUCGACGGCGAAGGGAAGGGGGCCUGGAAAGACGUAUUUUUCAUUGCCCAACCCCCUCCCCUCUCCUUCUUUCUGACCUUCGCUCACCCUCUUGGUACAAUUUUUUUAUCUCUCCCCAGCCUUUCACUGCUGUAAAAAUUUAGGAUGGCAGCUUUGAUACUUGAAAUUCAGCCGCCAAAAUUACUUUCUUUCUGCAGGCUAUCUCUUCUGUUGUGUUUUAGAUCAAUGUAAACUUUGUGCACGACAAAAACUGAGCACAAUUGAAUAAUUAUCACUUAUAAAAUAACGGGACUGUCGCUAGCAUCUUCUCAACCAUUAAUUAGCGUGUAUUUCGUGCUAAAUACUCACGUUUGCUUAUGGAGUGGUCAAAUUGUACUCGAUCUCAAGUUUUUUUGAUCAAACGAAUGUGAAGCAUUAAACUACAUUGUAGAAAGUAAAUUUAUGAAGGAGGUGCAUAAAAAACCAACGGCAUCUCUGGUAGGACCGUUGUUUUCAUAUCUUUUCGAUUUUCAAGGUUUUCUCGCGCGGCUAAUGGCUCUCGCUCCUUUGAUUUUGAUUUUACUCUCAAGUCCUAAGGAUUUCCUAAUUACUGUCAGAGAGGAUGUCAGACAAGUUAUAUGCACUGUUCGCAAAGAAAAUACAGUUUCAGUAGGAGAGGACAUGCUCCAACACCUAAGAAAAUUAACAGUAAACAGUUACAAGUUAGCUUCGUGUUUAAUUAACUUUCACCAAAAAGCACUAGCAAAAUCUAUAAAGUUCUUUACAAGUUACGCUAUUAAGAAAAUGGGUCCGCCAUGGAAACGAGCUAAAACUCCUUUCAUUGCUUUGUGGGUGUUAUUCUGGGAUGUUGUUUUAGUCAUAGUUGUGGGUGUUAUUUUAGAAGGAGUAUGCCUUUGUAUAUUGUUACUAGGGUUAGUCUUGCUCAUUUAUUGGUAUUCACCGUGGUUUAGUCUCAUGCUUGUCUGUUUAAGGAAACUUGGGCAAAUGUUAAAAAAAUGGAGCCUUGAAGUAUUCAACAAAUACCGUCAUUGUCUCACACCGAUGUUCAUCGGUGUUCAAAUUUUUCUGGUUGGUUUUCAGCUACUGCUAAUGGCAAUAUUAACAGACGGCUGUUUGGUAGGGGGCCUUUCUUGUCGAUGUAUCACUCACAUGUGUGGCUUAGUUACUUUAGGUCUAGUGUUAAAUGCAUCAAUCGCGGGCCCAUUCGUGGCGCUCUCUAUUGUUGCUUUAACAAACAUUUAUCUAUGCUACUAUAAUCUGCAACUGUGCUGA